AGAAGGCCAGUGGCUCGCCGAGUGGUGAAGCAGUCCCGCACCUGCAGCCUCCAGCACCAUGGGGACAGGGCGACGCAGCCGGUCCUUGCGAGGACCAUGGCCCUCCUACGGCAAGCUCCAGGAGCCCUGGGGGAGGCCCUUGGAAGGCCGACUGCGCCGGGCGCUGAGCCUCAGACAGGGCCGUGAGAAGCCCCGGUCCUCAGAUGGGGGCCCAGAAAGGCUGGACACCCCCGGUCAGGAGCGGCUGCCCGGGAGCUUGGGGGACACGGAGCAGCUGAUCCAGACUGAGCAAGACGGCAGCCAGAGGUGGCUGAGGCAGUACCAGCAGAAGAUCAGGAGAAGGUGGGAGAGCUUUGUCACCAACUUCCCCAACGUGACCCUGAGCCGGUCAGCCUCCCCACAGCCCCCGCUGGGCACCACCAGCUAAGGAGGCCAAGAGCGGUGGGGACGCUCGCUGCACCCGGAUGAGACGGCACGCCUGCUGAGCGACCUCUCCGUGGCCCUCUGGACUGUGAAUGGGGUGACCGCCUCUACAUGGACUGUUCCCGCCUUCCCUAGUGGCGCGCCCAGGCCUCCGCCACCAGGACAGAGCUCGGUGAAGCCAGACCCAGGGCUGAGAGGCUCUGGCACAUCGCCUGGUCACUGGGCCAUGCCCGACCCACCCUUCUCAGUGGCUGCCAGCAGUGGGUGGGGCCUGGGCCUCCCUCCCCGACGGUGAGCCCAUCCCCGGGGCAAGGACCACGUCUGGCCUGUGUCUUGUCGCAUGUUGUCGCUGUCCUCACAGUCUCCCGAUGAAGGAAGUCCCUCCCUGCUAGACAGAGGGGAGAACUAAGGUCCGGAGGGGGGAAGGGCUUGCUGUCAUUGGCAUCUCUGGCCCCACCCGUACCCAAUGCCCAGCACUGCGUUGAACACAGGAAUAAAGGUUGCUGAGCUGAAGUAAA